AUGUGGCCACGGCGGCGGGCGGCGUGGCCAAAGGCGCCGAAAAAAGGGUUGCAGCGCGGGGUCCAGCGCCCCGGAAAAAGCAGGGACGCCAGACCAGGCCAGGCAGGCCAGCAACUGGAAGAAACGAAACGCACGGCCGCAAGAGAAAGGCGGCCAGUCGAAAGAGGUGUUGGUCUGGUCUGGCUUCUGGCCCCUCUCCUCGCCGUCGCCUGGCUUCCUUCCGCCACUCACCCCUCCUUCGUUCUCCUCACGGCUCUCGACGCCUCUCCGACAAACGCCUCGUCGACCAUGCUGCAGUCAGAGGGUCUCGGCGCCGAGCCGAGCAUCCUGGCUCUGGCCCAGAUCCACGUCCACGCCGCCAUGGACCGCCUCGAUGCCCUCCUCUUCCGCCUGCUCCCGCUCGACAACCUCGAGGCACGCGUGCCCACAUCGCCCUCGCUCAUGCUCCUCAUCUCGCUCACGGCCGUCGUGGCCGUACAGCUGGCGGCUUCGCUCAGCCGCAGCUACGAGGAGCGCGGCGUCCCCAUCUCGCACCCGCUGCCCGAACAGGCCCGCCCAGGCUGGGAGGGCAAGGUCCUCUCCCCGCCCCGCAUCGCCUCGACUUCUCAACCCAACACCAUCACCUGCUACGAUCCGGCCACGGGCUACCACAUCGCUGAUCUGCCCGCCGACACGCCCGAGACGAUCCGCCAAAAGAUCCAAAAGGCCAAGGCCGCCCAGUCCGGCCAGGGCGUGCGCAACAGCGGCGCCUCGUUCUCCACACGGCGGCGGGUGCUGCGGACGCUGCAGAAGUGGGUCGUCGACCAGUCCGAGACGAUUGUGCGCGUCGCCGCGCGCGAUACGGGCAAGACGGCCAUCGAUGCGGCGUUUGGCGAGCUGCUCACGACGUGCUCCAAGAUUGAGUGGACGCUGGCCAACGGCGAGCGCGUCCUGGCGCCAGAGACGCGGCCCAACAACCUCCUCCUCGCCCACAAGGUGUGCCAGGUGCACCACGAGCCACUCGGUGUCGUCGUGGCGUGUGUGUCGUGGAACUACUCUGCGCACAACGUCCUCGGCCCCAUCAUCGCCGCCCUCUUUGCCGGCAACGCCAUCAUCGUCAAGGCCUCGGAGCUCGUCGCCUGGUCGGCCACGUUUUUCAUCGAGGGCGUGCGCGAGUGCCUCCGCGCCGCGGGCGCCGAUCCGGAGCUGGUCCAGCUCGUCGUCUGCUUCCCGGACGCCGCAGAGGCCCUCACCACCAGCGCCGAUGUCAGCCACAUUACCUUUAUCGGCAGCGAGGACGUCGGUCGCAAGGUGGCCGUAGCCGCCACGCGCGAGCUCACGCCCGUCACACUCGAGCUGGGCGGCAAGGACCCCGCCAUCCUGCUCAAGGACGCCGACCUCAAGUACUUCCAGUCGACCUUCAUGCGAUCCUGCUUCCAGGGCGCCGGCCAAAACUGCAUCGGUAUCGAGCGAUUCAUUGUCGACUCUUCGCUCGUCGCGUCGCUCGUGGCGCUGGUGCAGCCGCGCAUCGAGGCGCUGCGCUGCGGAAGCUGGAUGGACGAGGUACCUUUCGGCUCCCUCUCGUCGGCUUCGGUCACUGCGGCAAAGGGACAGGUCGACUGCGGCGCGAUGAUCACCGAUGCACGCUUUGACCGGCUCGAGUGGCUGCUCGACGACGCCGUGCAGCGGGGCGCCAAGGUCCUCGUCGGCGGUAAGCGAUUCAGGCAUCCCAAGUGGACCGAGGGGCACUACUUCCAGCCCACCCUCGUCGUCGACGUUACGCCCGACAUGCCGAUAGCGCAGGAGGAGCUGUUUGCGCCCAUCUUCCUCGUCCUGCCCUUCCGGAGCGGCGACAUUGACGCCGCCAUCAAGAUUGCAAACGGGACGCGGUACGGUCUCGGCUCCUCGGUGUUCGGAUCGACGGCGGGCCAGUGCCGCUACGUCGCCGCGCGCCUCGAGUGCGGCAUGGUCAAUAUCAACGACUUCGGCGUAUCCUACCUCAACCAACACCUGCCCUUUGGCGGCGUCAAAAAGUCCGGGUACGGCCGCUUCGGCGGCGCAGAGGGCCUGCUCUCGCUCACCUCGCCCAAGGCCAUCACCUCGGACCGCCUCUUCAGAUACGUGCGCACCGGCAUCCCGCCCCCCGUCGACUACCCGCUCGCCAACGGCGCCCGAGGGUGGCGCUUCGUCAAUGGUCUCCUCCGCUUCGCCUACGGCGACGGCAUCCUCGAGCGCGGUCGCGGUCUCGGUGGCUUGAUCGGCGCUGCCCUCUAG